AUGGACGGCGGCGGCGAUCCAGAAAGAGCGCAGGCUCUACAACAAUUCAAGGACAAGAUGCUGGAAACCAGAGAAUGGGAAGCUAAACUAAGGGCAUUACGGAUGGACAUCAAAGGCUUGCAGAAAGAUUUUGAAACCACAGAAGAUAACAUCAAGGCUCUCCAGAGUGUUGGUCAAAUUAUCGGUGAAGUGCUCAAGCAGUUAGACGAGGAGAGGUUUAUUGUCAAAGCCUCUUCUGGUCCUCGAUAUGUGGUUGGAUGUCGAUCCAAAGUCGACAAGGCCAAAUUGAAGCAAGGAACGAGAGUUGCCCUUGAUAUGACGACCCUUACCAUCAUGCGCAUGCUACCACGAGAAGUCGAUCCCCUAGUAUACAACAUGUCAUUAGAAGAUCCUGGUCAGGUAUCGUUCGCAGGUAUCGGCGGGCUGAACGAUCAAAUCAGAGAACUAAGAGAAGUCAUUGAGUUACCCCUCAAGAACCCUGAGCUCUUCUUGAGAGUAGGUAUCAAACCACCCAAAGGAGUGUUGUUGUACGGCCCACCAGGAACAGGAAAGACACUGCUGGCAAGAGCCGUGGCUAGCAGUCUCGACACAAACUUUCUGAAGGUCGUGAGUUCUGCUAUUGUAGACAAAUACAUUGGCGAAUCUGCUCGCUUGAUCAGAGAAAUGUUCGGAUACGCUAAAGAGCACGAACCAUGUAUCAUCUUCAUGGACGAAAUCGACGCUAUCGGUGGAAGACGAUUCAGCGAAGGCACUUCGGCCGACAGGGAGAUCCAAAGAACAUUGAUGGAACUCCUAAACCAGCUGGACGGCUUCGACUAUCUGGGCAAGACAAAGAUCAUCAUGGCCACGAAUCGACCUGAUACUCUAGAUCCGGCACUGCUGCGAGCUGGUCGUCUCGAUCGAAAGAUAGAGAUUCCCCUACCGAACGAGGUUGGUAGACUUGAAAUUAUGAAGAUUCAUGCUGCGGGUGUGGUAACCGAAGGAGAAAUCGACUACGAGAGCAUAGUCAAGAUGAGUGACCAGCUCAAUGGUGCUGAUCUGAGAAACGUGGUUACUGAGGCUGGUCUAUUCGCAAUCAAGGACUACAGAGAUGCUGUAAACCAGGAUGAUUUCAACAAAGCCGUACGGAAGGUGGCCGAGUCGAAGAAGCUGGAGGGCAAACUAGAAUAUACUAAAUUGUAG